AUGCAGUACACCUGCAGGGAUGGCUACUCCCUCGUUGGGAACGCCACCAUCAGCUGUACCGUCGGGGGAACAUGGAGCCGGCCCCGGCCCCGAUGUGAAGCAAUCGGCUGCAAAAGACCGGAGAUUGAGAAUGGAAGAACGACUGGGCUGGAGAUCAUGUACAGACUUGCGGACACUGUUGUCUUCGAAUGCGAUUUUGGUUACGCCUUGAAGGGCUCUCAAGAGUCUCAGUGCCAGUUUGGGGGCACGUGGGACCCUCCCGUCCCCAUCUGUGAAAAGAUGCUACAGUGUCCUUCCCCUCCAAAUAUCAAAAAUGGCCAGCAUGACAGUAAGGAUGUGAAAGUGUUCAUCCCUGGUGUAUCAGUGAAGUACUACUGUGACCCCGGGUAUGUCCUCACUGGGAAAACAACAGUUUCUUGUUUGACAUCUGGAACCUGGA